UUACUUUGCCUCAGUCUAACUGGAGAGGUCGGGUAAGCAAGUAGCGAGGAGGAAAGUAGGCGUUAUAUGUUGCAAAUGUAAUAGGAAUAAGAAGAGGUACCUAUUGCCUACUGCAUAGCAGUUUGUGGUUGAUUUCAUCACGCCAAGUUUAGUAAACUCGCGUCUAUAGAACGAGGCACGCGUCCAGUCUAACUAGAGAAUAUAUUCAAGUGUUUCGUGAUUGACUUCAUCAGUGACAAUGGCAGCCAUAAUUGGAAAAGCGUGGCAGGGGUACCAAUAUUUGUUUGACGAGGUGACAGAUCCCAGAACAAAAACAUGGUUUUUAGUAGCAAAACCAUACCAAGGACUCGCUCUUCUCGGAUUAUACCUGAUGUUUGUUCUAAAAUGGGGUCCAGAAUGGAUGAAGGAUAGAAAACCGUUUAACUUGAACAAGAUUCUCAUAGUCUACAAUGCAGCUCAAGUGGCAGCUUGCAUGUAUCUUUUUGUUAAUGCAAUACGAUACGCAUGGGGUUGGAAUUAUAAAUGGGUAUGCGAGCCAUGUAAUCAGUCUGACGAUCCAGAUGCUCUACGAAUAGCCAAAUUAGUAAAUUUUUACUUCAUGUUGAAGGUCGUUGACCUAUUGGAUACGGUGUUCUUCAUUUUACGAAAGAAGUUCAACCAAGUUUCGUUUCUGCAUGUCUAUCAUCACACUGGCAUGGUUAUGUUGGUAUGGGGAGCUGUAACUUAUUUGCCAGGAGGCCAUGGAACCUUCAUAGGAGUGAUCAAUGCAUUCGUCCACGUCGUGAUGUACUCCUACUACCUCCUCACCGUCGCAAUGCCUAGCGUCAAGGGGUCCUUGUGGUGGAAGAAAUACAUCACACAAUUGCAAAUUCUGCAAUUCUUCUGGUGUGUAGUUCACAUGAGCCUCAUAGUUUUCAAGCCAGACUGCGCAUAUCCUCGCUGGACGGCCGCAGUGUUUCUGCCCCAGAACCUCUUCAUGCUCAUUUUGUUCAUAGACUUCUAUAUCAGAGCCUACAUAAAGAAACCCCAAGUCAAACCUGAAGUUAAAGAUAGCAAUGGCAAGGAAAAUGGACACAAAAAAGAUGUUACCAACGGCAGAGGAAAUGGGCAUAAAAAUGGAUACACAAAUGAUAAUACCAAUGAUCACAAAAAUGGACAUAAGAAUGGAAACGGCAUCAAAAAUGGUUCAAGCAAAAAAUCUACCACUGAAAGUAAAAAAACUUUUAACGGCCACGAAAAAGUACAUUGAUUUGUAAAUUUUUAUGUUGGUUAUAAAGUUAUUAUUAUUAUUAAGAAUGCAUGUUUUUGUACAGUUUGUAAAUGAGUCUGGAUUUGUGUUGAUAGCAGUAUGACUUUAGUGUAAUGCUAUAUCAUUAUAAUAAGGUUUUUAUAAUAUUUCUGUUUGUCGCCAAAUAAAAUUAUUUUUU